AUGGCUGCCGAGUCGAAUCCGAGGACCAGCGAGACCCAAUCGGUCUCUUCCCAGGGAGGUACGAAAGACACCCUUCCUGGUGAGAAACACCCCAAGGACAAACAUGUCUACAUCGCGGAUACACUCCCUCUGCAUCGACAGAUCCCCUUCAUCCUGACCAUCUGCUCGGCCAUGUACACGAAUCAGCUCGGACUGGGCCAAACAAUGGACAUUGUCCGUGUCAUUGGAGAUUGGUACGGAAUUACCAACAGCAACGAGCUGUCAUGGUUGGUGGCCGGCUACAGCUUGACCAUUGGCACCUUCGUCCUGAUCGCCGGCCGACUGGGCGACGACUUUGGACAUAAGAGAAUGUUCAUCAUCGGCAUGGGCUGGUACGCACUGUGGACGCUCGUCUGCGGUCUGGCCGUCUAUUCCACGCAGGUUCUCUUCAUCUUCGCCUGUGUCUUCCAGGGAAUGGGACCAGCCGUGAUGCUGCCCAACGCGAUCGCCAUUCUGGGGCAGUCUGCGCCCUUUGGUGCCAUCUCCGGCUUUGCAACGGGCGGCCUCUUUGCGCUGGCCUGGUGGCCGUGGGCGUACUGGAGCGCGGCCAUCGCACUUGCUUGUCUGGCCGUCUUCGCCGUCUAUACUACAUCCAAACCUCGGACAAUUAUCCAGAAGAUCGCACAUCUGGACCUCUCAGGUUGCAUUACUGGCGUGGCCUCGCUGGUUCUGAUCAAUUUUGCGUGGAACCAAGCCGCCGGGGUCAGCUGGCAAGAACCAUACGUCUAUGUGUGCCUCAUCCUGGGGUUCCUCUUCGCGGCCGCCUUCUUCUGGGUGGAACUGCACUGGUCUAAAGAUCCCAUCCUGCCCCUGGCGGCUUUCAACUCGGAUAUUGCCUUCGUAUACUACGCUGCCGUCUUUGUCAUGGAGCUGGAUAACGUCAGCCCUUUGCUCCUCGCGGCCUGGUACAGCCCAGUAAUACCUUCGGGACUCACUUCAGCACUGGCAGUGGGGAAGCUGCUUGGUCGCGUCUCAGCCGCAUGGGUCAUGGUCAUCGGCAUGGUGGCGUACCUGAUCAGUGUGCUUAUCAUCUGUGUUGGUAUGGACUCAUCUUUCCCCGCUGCGACAAUUAUCUUCUCCGAUGCUGUGCCGCUGAAGUAUCAGGGUAUCGGCGCUAGUGUGGUCAUGACUAUCGUGAACUAUAGUAUUUCGCUGGGGCUGGGCUUUGCUGGGACGGUGGAGCGCGAGGUCAAUCGUGGGGGCCACACCUAUGAUGAUAAGAAGAGAGGCUAUCGUGGUGCAUUCUACUUUGAGGUUGGGUUGGCCGGAUUGGGCUUGAUGAUGAGCCUGGUCUUUUUGGUCAAGGAUCACCUGCGUAAAAAGGCCAAGAAGGCAGCUGCGGAUGAUGAGAGUGCUUAA